CACCCCUUCACUUCUUAUAUCUCUUGAGCCCUAUUCUCUCUUCCAUCCUCGCCUCCUUCAUUUCAACAUGGCCGAUAACGAUGACAUGUUCCCUGAAUUCCCAGCUGACCUCAAGAUAGAAAACAUUGAGUUCGCUCUUAAAUCACAGCCUCUAACGGUGCAGAAUCCUCCGGAAACUGGUAUUAUUCAGUCAUACGGACCUGAUGACGAUGAAGAAAUUGAAGAUGAUGAAGAUCCAGACGACGAAGAUGCUUUCUCCAACAAUUCUUCUGAUGACGAUUCUGAUGACUCAGACGAAAAGUCUGUAAAUGAAGAUAUAGAAUUGGAGGACGCAAAAACUACCGCACAAGAUGAUCAAGUUCUUCGAGGAACCUCGAGGAACCCAGCAAUUGGGUUAUGCGAGGAACCCAGGAUGAUGAAGAGGAUGGAGAAAAGGAUGGCAAAGAGGAUGGUGAACAUGAUGAAGAGGAUGGUGAAGAUAAACAGUGACAUUAUGAUGCUCAAGGAUGAGGGUGAGGACGAGGAUAAGGAUGAGGAGAAAGAAGAAGAUGAAGAAAUUAAAAUUAAUUAUGUUUAAAUUCAUUUAAUUCAUAAUUAAGAAGUAAAAUUUUU